GCCUCACACACAUCCACUGUCUUCAUUUGCUUUGAAGCUCUUUCAGGAUUUCCCAGCCUGUGAUGAGUUGUAUACAGAGAAACCUGUAAAAGUCAAGAAGAGUUUGCACAGGUUGUUCGCUUCAGUUCGCUCAUCCUGGAUGCUGCGACUCGGGGAAUAGGUUGUAGCCUUGCGACUCCGGGGGGGGGUUACCAUCUUGGAGAAGAGAUGCAGUGGAUUGCCCUACUAUUGCUUCUGCAAGAAGUUGAGGUGUCCAUGGGUGACAGCUCUGACUGUGUCCAUAGACGGGAGGACCCGGCUUGCCUAGAGCAUCUGGUGGCCAUGCCCCAAGUAGAUGCCAACUGUGAUGGACCUCAAGGCUGCAAGCUCCACUUUCUUCUACCUGAUGAGCAGCCUACACCUGAGCAACUGAAGGAAGUCCACCAAGAACCCAACCAGGAGUUCAAGCAGACCCUAAAGCAGUCUGGGACUGAAGGGAGCAGCAAGCCCCAGAACCCAAAGUCCAAGAGCGUUGGCGAGAGGCUGAACUCGCUGGAGUCAAAUCUCCAGUCGGUGACUUCAAUGUUCCAGAAGAUGCAGGAGGAGAGCAAAGUCAACCUGAGCAAGAUAGAGGACAGGCUGAACUCACUGGUGGUCCUUCUCUUAGGGAUAUUGUCUGGGUGCGAGCUUCCCUGCAACGAAUCCGUCCAGAAGCUCUCCGCGUUAGUCUUUAUUGUAGAAGGUCGAAGACUGAAGGCCCUUGAAACAAAAGAAGAACCGCCACUGACUCUGAAGAGCGUAGGAAACGUGGUAUCUCAAGUGGUUGAAUCUUCAGAGAAAUCUGAGAGAAUGUUUCCAAGAGACUGUGCAGAUAUCUACAAACAGGGGAUCCGAGAAAAUGGAAUUUACACUAUCCAGCCCAUUGCACUGCGACAGCCAUUUGAGGUUUACUGUGACAUGGUGACAGACGGGGGAGGCUGGACGGUGUUCCAGAGACGGCAGGAUGGCGCGGUCGACUUCAACCGCACAUGGCAGGAGUACAAGCAAGGUUUUGGCAGCCUUCAAGGAGAACAUUGGCUCGGCAAUGAACACCUGCACAGCAUAACCAGGUCCGGCCAGCACACCCUUCGCAUCGAACUAGAGGAUUGGUAUGGCGUGAAACGGCACGCUAUCUAUCGAAAAUUCAAAGUCGCCAAUGAGCAAAACAAGUAUCGGCUAACCGCCAGGGAGUACCACGGGAAUGCCGGAAACGCUCUUAGCUACAGCCGAAACUACAACCACGAUCACAAGUCUUUCACGACGUAUGACAGCGAUAAUGAUAAUUAUACGUCUGGAAACUGCGGGAUGUAUUACGGAUCCGGUUGGUGGUUUGACACCUGCCUGGCGGCCAAUCUAAAUGGGAAGUAUCACAAGGGGCGGUACGUUGGCGUGACCAGCGGAAUCUACUGGGGGACUUGGUACAUUCUGACAGAUAAGAGGACGAAUCAGAAAUACUCGUUCAAGAGAGCGGAAAUGAAAACAAGGCUACUGAACUCCUAAAAGACUGGACUUUUUUUUUUUUUUUGAGGACUUCAUUUUCAUUCAUGGAAUUGUAGUGAUAAUAUGUAUUUUUAAUGGA